GUAAGCGUAACGAAGUAGUACGUCCGCCUGUCCAUUCGCCAGCAAACUCCGUUUGUCGACCCAUCCGUCAAUCAACACGUACGCGAGUUCACAACUCUGACCGCUUCUCGUCCCCGUGGCUAUUACAACGCAGCCCCGUGCGUGAUCCUAAAUCCUCUGAAACCCGUUGUACACACUCAUAGUUAAUAUGGACCAAGUAACAAAAGUGUUGGAGCCCGGACGCCAGUUCUCCAAAGACUCCGUCAGGUUGGUGAAAAGGUGCACCAAACCAGACAGGAAAGAGUUCCAAAAAAUCGCAAUCGCCACAGCCAUCGGGUUUUGCAUUAUGGGUUUCAUCGGGUUCUUCGUUAAACUUAUCCACAUACCCAUCAACAAUAUCAUUGUAGGUUCAUGAAUCAUUGAAUAAUGGUCUGUUUUCCUGAGUACAUGUCUCGACGAAGAGAUAUAUGCAGUUCACAAUAUUUUGUUUUUAUACAUUGUAUUAAAUAUAUGUGAACAUUAA